AUGAUCGCUGGUGUCCGAGUGACGGCCGCCUCAAAGGCUGUACACGGGACUGUUGAGAUGCUCGAGACGUCUGAGCAUCAGUCUGAGCAUGGGAGUGCUGGGUGUGUUCAGUGUGCUCGGAGUGCUCAGAUUGUUCAUGCACAUACAACCAUUGAAACAGGGACCAGCGCGAACGGCGCCUCGCCCUACUUUGACGAGCCGCAAGACGCCCAGUCGUCGCCUGUCUCCUCGGCGAGUUCAUUCGGGAAGAUGUCUGUCUACUUUGCUGAAGUAGGCGAGUUCACCGAGGUGCCGUUUUUUAGAGGACACGAUACAGGUCGACCUGGUGGUAGAGCGGGAGGGUUAGCAGUAGUAUUCGAUGUUGCACACCUGUAG